AUGAGUUACCAAAGUCUCGGGGAUAACCAGGGCGGCUACGGCCAGUACAACCCCUAUGGGGGCCAGCAGCAGAACCCCUACGCCCAGCAGCAGGACUACGGAUACGGCAGCGGCUACGGGCAAACCGGCGAUGUCGAGCAGGGCAAUGGCGGAUACGAAAUGUCCAACAUGCAGCAAUCAGGAGGCCCAACAGCAAUUCUCAACAAGUGCAAAGAAAUGAACGACGCGAUCAAUGAGCUCCGCACCAAGCGCGAAGGCCAACUGGUGUCCGCGCAGAACGCCCUCCUCGACAGCGCGACCGGCAAGGAGGACCAAGCGGCGCGCCAGAGCGUCGACUACAUUGAAGACGAGAUCAACACGGCGCUGCGGUACCUGCGCGACCAGUUCAAGCGGAUCAAGGAGACGCCCGGCUCGGGCGACCCCCGCGUCUCGGGACAGGUCGAGAACGUCAACCGGAACCUCCGUCGCGAGAUCGAGCAGUACCAGCGCACGCAGUCGGAUUUCCGCAAGCGCCUAGAGGAGCAAGUGCGCCGUCGGUAUGAGAUUGCCAACCCCGAGGCGACGCCGGAGGAGCUGGAGCAGGGUGUGCAGAAUGUGCUGGCUGGACAGGAGCAGGCCUUUAUGACCCCCGGUACUCGCUCCCGCCAGGCCAACGAUGCCCGCCAGGCCACCAUGCAGCGAUCCGCCGCGAUCCGCAAGAUCGAGCAGGACAUGAUCCAACUCGGCCAGCUGUACCAGGAAGUUGCCGAGCUGGUGCACCAGCAGGAGCCGGCCGUCACACAGAUCGAGCAGGGCGCUGAAGACACCCACCGCAACGUGCAGCAGGCCAACACCAAGCUGGACAAUGCGAUCGUCAGCGCCCGCAACGCCCGCCGGUGGAAGUGGUAUGCUCUGAUCAUCGUCAGUAAGUAA